AUGGGAGAGAUGAUCCAUCUCAAAUUACAGCCAGUGGAAGGGAAUUCCACAACCUCAACUCGUUCCAUAACAUCAACAUCUUCAUCAAUAAAAUCUACAACCAAGAAGCAAAGGCCGAAAUCGAUAAGAUCAAUUUGGAGCAGACUGGUGUUCCCUUAUACCUUGGAUGAUUGGAAGGUCAUUAUGGAUGAAGUCAAGAAGCUAUACUUGACAAGACAAUACGAACAGUGUGCUGCGCAAUGUACAAAGGUUCUCAAUAGCAUCACAGACCCAUAUCGUGUUCAUCCUCUUCAUUCACUCUUCUUAUCCUUUUAUUGUGCCACCUGUUUGGAAAUAACAGCAUCAGAGCUUACCAACAACUCUCCCGAAAAGCUUCUACUUCUCCGAGAUUCUUUGUCGUACUUCCAGAAAGCAGAAGAAUACAUCACAUACGCAGAUAUUCCUAUCCAAAACAAUGACUUGUCGCCAAGCAAUCGGUCAUCUUCGACAUCAUCCACAUCCAGUGCUCGUUCUUCUGUGGACUCCGUAUUUUCUUCAACAUCAUUCCCUUCUACCAUAGACAGACUCUCACCUGCUUUCUCGUCUUACUCUUUUGAGAGUUGUGACGAUGACAAGACUCCCAGACACAGCCGUACAUUUUCCGAAUCAUCGAUGGCAUCGACACAAUCUACGCAAUCAACAGACACUACUACUACUCCAAAUAGGCCCGCACCACUUCGCAUAAAAAAGAAAGUUUCUUUCUCUCCAGCAUUGCCCACACUUAUAUCUGACCAAAGCCUUGACAACGACUCAAGCACUUUCGAAACUAUCCCCCGUCCCAUUCCAUCUCCAAUCACUCCCUCUCGACCUAUAAUCUCCUCCAAAUACCAAUCGCCAUCCCCGGACUACCCCUCUCACAACACACAUCUCACAAGCUAUAAUCUCAACCUCUCAUCAAUAACGACACAACUUACCUAUCACAUAACACACAUCAGCAAUCUCAUCGAUAAUAUACAAAACAUACGCAAAUCUCGACGCAGUAAUCAACCCUCAUUUGCCCCUUCAUUAUUCAAUUCUCCAGAUGGUCUUAGUAAUGAGGAUAGAGCGGAAAUGGAACGACAAGACAUCCGAGCAAGAAUCGAGAAAAUGAGGAGUGGAGGUUGGGAAAAAAAGAGGUGGGAUGGAAGUAGAUAUGCGGCUUUGAGGCAGGAAGUCGAUAAUGAAUUGAAUGGUUGGAUAUGA